AUGUUUUCAAGAACACUCCAUUCACGCACACUCAUCAGCAGAGCUCUGAGUUCACCAUUUAAAAUAAACAACACGCCAUCAUGCCUCUCAAUAAUAUUACAACCCAACACCAUUCGUUCCUUCUCUCAUGAUUUUCGGAGUAAACCUUUAUUUUCUCAUUCCGAGAAGAAUUUCCGAGUAUUGUCUUCUAUCGGAGCCAUCUCUUCUUCUUCAUCAUCAACCUCACAAGGAUCUCCUCAGCAACACUACAAAAUUGUAGUCAUAUUACCGCAAGACGAUAGAGGUGAUUACAUGCUUAUCAAAGAUGCAUCUGGGCAUUGCUCUCUUCCGAAAAUUACAAUUUCUUCAUCAACAAGCUCUUCUUCUGUAGAUAUUUAUCAAGAAAUUCAAAAUGUUUUAUUACAACGAUUAGGCUACGGUUAUGCACGAGCAAAGACAGAAGCAGACGCUAAAAACCAGGAAUUUGAUUCUCGUGCAUUAAUUCGUCCACUUCUUGAUUUUGAUUUUACUCAUGGAAAUUUAACUGUUUCAAAUUAUGUGUAUCAUGCUCAAUUACUUGAGAAGGUACAACCAGUAUCGGAUGAAAAUACGAAAGGUAAAGUGGUGCAAUAUAUGGCCAUGAUUGAAUUGGAAAAAGAAGUAUAG